UCCACAGACUUUUCUAACCAGAAUCUUUGAUUUUAUUCUCUCCCAAUUCAAUUUUUCUGAUAUACUUUUGAUCAGAAAUCCAAUCCAGAAAGUUGCGGGAAAAGAAGAGAGAAAUCGAAGAAUUUUUUCAUGGCCGAUUCCAAAUCGUAUCCUUCAUCAAACUCAUCGCCAGGGAAAAAUGUGAAGGCGCCAAAUGUGUUUGAGAGGGCAAAGGAAGAGUUUGAGGCAGUUGUUCUACACAGGCAUGAGCAUCACAAGGAGACUCAUGAUAUCGAUUCCAACACUCCGAGCGGUGAUGUGAAGGCUCCCAAUGUGUUUGAGAGGGCAAAGGAGGAGUUUGAGGCAGUUUUGCACAGUGGGAAACACUGGCAUGUGCAUCACAAGGAGACUCAUGGAAUGCGGGAAGAUAUUGAUUGCAACACUCCAACCAGUGACGUCAAGGCUCCCAACGUGUUUGAGAGGGCAAAGGAGGAAAUCGAGGCCAUUGUGGAGGCUAUUCAUCCAAAGAAGGAUCCAAAGAGUCAUGACGGAGAGAUGAGGAAUACUCCUACGAAGAGCUCUGCGAAAUCGGAGAAGUCAGAGUUGCAUUCAGAAUGGAAGGAGAAGGCGGGUGGAAAUGAGUCGGAGAAACAUCUUCACCGAGAGAAGCAUGGAAAAAGUGAUGAUAUUGAUGAUGUUAGAGGUCCAAACAUGUUCGAACGAGCAAAAGAAGAAAUCGAAGCUCUUAUUGAGACCAUCCAUCCAAAGAAGGAUUCAGGUCGACCCAAGGAAGACACAGAUUGAAAUUCUUUUUAUAUGCUUAGAAAUAAACACAAUGGUUUUGGUAUUUUCAAAUUUUACAAAAUACCCUAUGAAUGUUGUAUUCUUGUGCAGUUAGAUGAUUUGUGAUAUAUUAGAUGCCUUUGAAGAGCUAGAUGAGGAGUUGGACUACUUCUCAACAAUAUACUCAAUUUGGAUAAGAAAGAUUUGAUUAGCCAAUCAUUUGCACACGUGAGUAAAAUAUUCUGCAAGCUGCAUUUCUCA